CCCUCAGUCCACACAAUGUCUGAGCGUCGCCCUUCCGUUCCCGAGUAUGCGCGCAGUCGCCAGGGAAGCACAUGCUCAGUGCUUAGCUGCGGCGGCAUGAGCCCUGAUGCGACUAAGGAGCUGUGGAAGACCAUGUUGGAGCUCCAAGAGCGAUAUGGAUGCUAUACCUCGGCGAGAAUGGAUAUGGCCGUUGGAGCGGGAGACAUGGCCCUCUCUCUUAUGCCAAAUCCAUUCAUUCUCGAUACGCUAAACGACUCUGUCGUCGACCUGCCCGACGAGGGCUGGGAGAUGCUCAAUCGCUGUCUC